UGGGGAUCUGAUGGAGCCAAGAGAGACGCAGCUGGGAGGUCCCCGAGCCCCCUCCUCAGGCCCCAGGUGCAGUGGCCGGGCUGAAAGCCUGCUGCCCAAGGUGAGACUGGACAGGGCCCAGAGCCAAGGCAGCACCGUCCCAGGGAGCAUCCUGGGUCCCACCAGGCAGCAGCUGUGGAGGCCUGUUGGUGAGGCAGUGCAUUACAGGUGCCCUCGCCAUGGAGUGGCCGCCUGCGAGAUGGAAACUGCACAGCAGGCGGAGGAGGGGCCACAUCCCCUGCCAAGACUUGGGCCCCUGUUGGGGCCAGGACAGCCGGACCCAGAACUCGGGGAGGGGGCCCCACCCGCAGUCCCGGCGCCUGGGACGUCCACGCGGGGCAGCGAUGAUGGUACUGCCCCGGGAGCAUGAACUGGAUGCCCGCGACCUGCUGGGCUCUGCUGCUGGCCGCCGCCUUCCUGUGCGACGGCGGCGAGGCCAAGGGCGGUCGCGGCGGGGCCCGCGGCAGCGCCCGCGGAGGGCUGCGCGGGGGCGCGCGCGGGGCCCCCCGGGCGCGCACGAGGCCGGCGCCGCGCUACUCGGGCUCGUCCCUGCGCAUGGCGGCGGCGGGGGCGGCAGCCGGGGCCGCAGCGGGCCUGGCGGCGGGCUCGGGCGGGCGGAGGGUCCUAGGCCCCUGGGAGAGCGGCUCGGAGGACGAGGACGCGGCCCCCGAAGGCAACAGGACCGGCGUCUACAGCUACCGGGCCUGGACGUCGGACGCGGGGCCCGCGUGCGGCCUGCGCCUCUGCCUGCUGCUCGGCGGUGCCCUCAGCGCCCUGGGGCUGCUGCAGCCCUAG